AGGAGCGAAGAUUGUUUGACUUCUCUCCACCAGAAUCUGCACAGGCGAGAAACCACUACCCAAAUCUUGCCGCGAAUGGCCACCGCUGCAUCGUCCUCCUCCCCUCCGGCGGCCAUCACCUGCCGAGCGGCCGUGGCAUGGGGGCCGGGGCAGGCGCUGGUGAUGGAGGACGUGGAGGUCGCGCCGCCGGGGCCCAUGGAGAUCCGUGUCAAGGUCGUCUCCACCUCCAUCUGCCGCAGCGACGUCAACCAGUGGCAGAACACGGCACAGCCUGAUCUGUUCCCCAGAAUCUUCGGGCAUGAAGCAUCUGGAGUGGUUGAGAGUGUUGGGGAAGGCGUGACUGAGUUCCAAGUGGGAGACCACACGCUCACCGUCUUCAUCGGUGAGUGCAUGAGCUGCAAGCACUGCGUAUCGGGGAAGAGCAACAUGUGCCAGAAGCUCGGCCUGGAGAGGAAGGGUGUCAUGCACAGCGACCAGAAGACCCGCUUCUCCAUCGGAGGGAAGCCCGUGUACCACUACUGUGCGGUGUCGAGCUUCAGCGAGUACACGGUUGUCCACUCAGGCUGCGCGGUGAAGGUCAGCCCAACCAUGCCCAUGGACAGGAUAUGCCUGCUGAGCUGUGGCGUGUCUGCAGGCCUUGGUGCAGCUUGGAAUGUUGCUGAUAUAUCGAAGGGAUCAAGUGUAGUUAUAUUUGGUCUUGGAACUGUAGGACUUUCUGUAGCUCAAGGGGCUAAGCUACGUGGAGCUUCCAAGAUUAUUGGAGUAGAUACUAAUCCUGAUAAGCAAGAAAAGGGGAAAGCUUUUGGUGUAACAGAUUUUAUUAAUCCUGGCGAAUUGGAUGAACCUGUUCAGCAGGUAGUAAAACGGCUUACUGAUGGAGGGGCUGAUUACUCUUUUGAAUGUGUGGGUGAUACCGGAGUAGUCUCAACUGCAUUGCAAUCUUGUUCUGAUGGAUGGGGACUGACUGUAACUCUUGGUGUACCCAAAGCAAAGCCAGAAGUUUCUGCACACUAUGGAUUACUUCUUUCUGGAAGAACACUGAAGGGGUCCUUGUUUGGAGGAUGGAGACCCAAAUCUGAUAUACCUUCGUUAGUGGAGAAGUAUGCAAACAAGGAGAUCCAAGUUGAUGACCUUGUCACACAUGAUAUGCCAUUCAGUGACAUCAACAAGGCACUUGAACUGAUGCUAGAAAACAGGUGUUUGCGAUGUGUGAUUCACAUGCCAAAGUGAUAGGAUUGAACAACUAUACAUGAGUGCCGCAUAUCUGUACAAUUUUGGUGGUUUUCUCUUCAGUAGUUUUCCACUUGAUCUCACUCCUGGCUCCAGUUUUCAUCACAUCAGCACGUCCAAGCUCUUACAUCAUUCUUUAUUGGUGUUUCACCUUGGAAGUUUUGAUUUUAUAGAUAUUGACAGGACUACAAAUUCUAGUAUUCCUUCGAAUCCUCAUAUGUACCAUCUCAAAUAUUAUUCGUGUAAUCUAUAUUAUUGCAAAUUGAUUUUCUGGUGAUUACAAUGGUGUAUGCUUGUUCCA